AUGUCUAUUCUGAUAGCAAAUACUUUCAUUGAGUAAAUUGGAUGCUAUGGACCUCCAGGGCCUCCUGGACCUCUGGGGCCUCUUGGAGUUGCAGGUCCUAGAAAUCCUUCUCACUGGUUACAACGCGGGGUCCCUGGUGUGCUGCUUGUCCUCACUGUGUCCUGCAGGAUUCCUGGAAAUUACUAUUUCGACUUUGAUGUAGAGCUUUGCCACUGCAAGGUGAAGGUUUGGCUAAUGACGAACCAAAGCCAAGUUUUGGAAAAGGAUCUGAUGGCCAAAAAAGUGUAUGUUAAUAUCUCUGGUGCUAUAAUUAUGCUUCUGAAAAAGGGGGACAAGGUGUGGCUAGAAGCAGAAGUUGAAACUGAGAAACCAAAGCGAGCAGAAGUCACUAUCUAUUUCUCAGGUUUCCUGAAUUCGUCCCUGAAACUAAGCCUCUUGUGA